UUGCGAGGAGGCGGAGCACGUGUUCAGUUUGCGCUUCUUGCGCGAGGCGCGUUCUUACCGGGGGGAGCGCGUGAGUGGCUAGGUUGUGUGUGAUUGUACGCGUGUGUGUGUUUGCAUUCCCUCGCAAUCGCAGUUCAUUUCUUUUCUUAUUAUCGUCCUACAUUGCACACAGAGUAGAACAUUCUACCUGUAGUUUGUUUUUGAAACACUUGUUUCACAACCUGCGAAAAUCAUGUCAGCCUCGGCGGCUAAAGUGAGUAAAAAGGAGCUGAACUCUAACCAUGACGGAGCGGAGGAGACCUCUGAAAAGGAACAGCAGGAAGCCAUCGAACACAUCGACGAAGUACAGAAUGAAAUUGACAGACUUAAUGAGCAAGCGAGUGAGGAAAUAUUGAAAGUUGAACAGAAAUACAACAAACUCCGUCAGCCAUUCUUUCAGAAGAGGUCAGAACUGAUCGCCAAAAUCCCCAACUUCUGGGUCACGACUUUCGUCAACCACCCUCAAGUGUCUGCUCUUCUUGGGGAGGAGGAUGAGGAAGCACUUCACUAUCUGACCAGGGUGGAGGUCACAGAGUUUGAAGACAUCAAGUCAGGAUACAGAAUAGAUUUUUACUUCGAUGAAAAUCAGUACUUUGAAAACAAAGUUCUGUCCAAAGAGUUCCAUCUGAAUGAGAGUGGUGACCCAACUUCAAAGUCAACAGAAAUCAAAUGGAAGGCAGGAAAGGACCUGACAAGUCGGUCUGGGCAGACACAGAACAAGGCGGGCAGGAAGAGGCAGCACGAGGAGCCCGAGAGCUUCUUCACCUGGUUCACCGAUCACUCCGACUCUGGCGCUGAUGAGCUGGGAGAGGUCAUCAAGGACGACAUCUGGCCCAACCCCCUGCAGUACUACCUGGUGCCCGACAUGGAUGAUGAAGGAGAGGGUGAGGAUGACGAGGAGGAUGAGGAGGGUCUGGAAGACAUCGAUGAGGAGGGCGAAGAUGACGGAGAGGAAGAUGAGGAUGAUGAAGAUGGUGAUGAUGGAGAGGAUGACGACGGGGAGGACGACUGAAGCUGAACAACAGGAAGAGCCCCAACCUGCGCCCCCUCCUUCUCCACUUUUGCUCUCCCCACUUGAUUCCUCCAGCUUUUUUUUUUUUGGUUCGUUUCUCUUCCCCCUUUUUCUUCGAGAGCAGGAUGCACUCUAAUUUCUUCAGUGCUCACCUCUUCUCCCUCCUCCUCCGUUGAACCACCACCUCCUCCACCACCUACCCAGACUGUGCCAUGUCUAGAGGUCCCCUUCCUUCCCCUUCUCCUCCUCCUUGACGGACUCAUAAUAAACUGACUGCAAACUCCCCUGCUGCCUCCAUGGCACUCCUCACCACCAUGUCACUUCCCAGGUGUAUUUUGAGGUAAAAAAGAAAAACAAAACAAAAAAAAGUAGCGUCAGCAACGCAUCUGGAGUAGAGCAACCAAUAAAUAGCAAUUUAUAUAUAUGUACAAAUAUGUAUGAUUUUCUUCCUGUAAAAGGUUGUGUGUGUGGAGAGGGAAAAAAACGAUGAACAAAAGCCAUGGUGCAGUGAACUGCUAGGAUUUUAGCGUUUUCGCAAGGUUUUUUUCUCUGCUCAGUUCAGCGUUAGGGCCCUUCCAGAAGUUUUUUCCUGCCAUGUGGUUAACAAUAGUAAUUACCAGCUCAUUCCUGUCACCUCUUGUAACAUUGCUUUGAGGUCAUUUUUGGGUGGGAUGGGGUCUUUGAGGGUUGUGUAUGGGAAGGGUGGGUUUGACAUUAUUUUAAGUUUUGUUUUGAUUUUUAACUGUAUUGUUUUUCAGACAUCCACACAAUUUGAAAUGACUUUUUUUGAUAAAAUAAAAACUAAAACAGGAAAAGA